AUAUUUAUUUGUGGUAAAAUCUUUUGCUUGGCUAUUGAACAAAUUGUUGUUUAUUUUUAAACUUUUCCAACUUGGACCCAGUAGAAUCUAAUGGAUAUCAUAAUGGAUGACAUGAAAGUAUGUCGUGUUGUGCUGCACAAACUCUCUGAUGAUGCAGUUGAGAGAGGCUGGUGGUCUGGGCUGAACCUCCUGCUAAGGCCUUCUGGUGUUGACAAAAUUAAGUCUGCUGCAACAGCGGCCAGUGGCUCAUCUCUGCGCACUGAAGUCGUUGCCGUUAACAUCAAGCUUGAGCCUCUAUAUGAGGAGGACAUAUCUGUGAAGGAUGAGCCAAUUGAUAUUGAUGAAAAUCAGCAAACUCCACCUUCCUCAUCUUGUGUGCCAUGCAAGGAGGAAGCUCAAGUUGAAGCUCGGGACGCCCACCGACGUUCCUCACAGGACGCUGCUGCUGUGCCUGAGGAACAGGCUGGUUCAGGUGAGCCUCCCAGCCCUGGGUGUGGUGGCCAGCUAGCUCCACCUCCCCCAUCAGCGGCCAGUGGCUCAUCUCUGUGCCAUAAAGUCGUUGCAGCUAACAUCAAAAUUGAGCCUCUAUAUGAGGAAGAGGACAUAUCUGUGAAGGAUGAGCCUAUUGAUAUUGAUGAAAAUCAGCAAACUCCUUCCUCAUCUUGUGUGCCAUGCAAGGAGGAAGCUCAAGUUGAGGCUCGGGACGCCCACCGACGUUCCUCACAGGACGCUGCUGCUGUGCCUGAGGAACAGGCUGGUUCAGCAACAGAGGCCAGUGGCUCAUCUCUGAGCCCUAAAGUCGUUGCAGCUAACAUCAAGCUUGAGCCUCUAUAUGAGGAGGACAUAUCUGUGAAGGAUGAGCCUAUUGAUAUUGAUGAAAAUCAGCAAACUCCCCCUUCCUCAUCUUGUGUGCCAUGCAAGGAGGAAGCUCAAGUUGAGGCUCGGGACGCCCACCAACGUUCCUCACAGGACGCUGCUGCUGUGCCUGAGAAACAGGUUGGUUCAGGUGAGCCUCCCAGCCCUGGGUGUGGUGGCCAGCUAGCUCCACCUCCCCCAUCAGCGGCCAGUGGCUCAUCUCUGCGCCCUAAAGCCGUUGCAGUUAACAUCAAAAUUGAGCCUCUAUAUGAGGAAGAGGACAUAUCUGUGAAGGAUGAGCCUAUUGAUAUUGAUGAGCUAGCUCCACCUCCCGCAUCUGGUUGGCCGGACAAGAUGGAAGCUCAAGUUGAGGCUCGUGAAGCACAUGUAGCCCACCGUCCUGCCUCGCUCUCCUCUACCAUGCCUGGACAUGUGAACGUGGGUAGGAGGCAGUCCGCACCUGCAGGAGAUCCAGAAGACGCUGGUGGCAGCGGCGGCGUCUCUGAAGCGUCCAGCUCCCAGCAGCGCAGCGAGAGGCUCCCGUAUUCCCAGCGGGGUUUUGUUGAUGCCAAGGUUACCUGCCAAAUGCAGCAAGCCAGCUGA